AACUCAUGAACCAACACCUGCCCUGAGUCUCGCUGUGAAAAAUUACGAAAGAAUUCGGCUGUUCAACGCUCCCAAGACCAACAAAUUUUGUGCUUACCGAACAAUAAUGGCAUCAAUCUGUGGACGCAUGGCGCUGCGUGCCGCCGCACGCCAAAAUGUGACGUACCACUCCGUUCGCACCUGCAAAAUGAUGAACGAUCCCUUGGAGCACGCCACGGGCAUUGAGAAGCGCGAGCUGUUGCUGAAGGCGGCCGGCAACGAUAAUCCCUUCGACAUGAAGGUGUUUAAGCGCGGUGCUGGCACCAAGGAGAACCCCAACUUGAUUCCAUCGGCCUUCGAUGCCCGCAUUGUGGGCUGCAUCUGCGAAGAGGAUCAGACCUACGUGCAGUGGAUGUGGCUGCAGAAGGGCAACCAGAAGCGUUGUGAGUGCGGCCACUGGUUCAAGCUGGUCGAGAAGGCAGCAGUUUAAAGUUAUUAUUAAUUAAUUAAAUAAACCAAUUAAUAACAAAAACGACAAAACACACACACACAAACAAACAACCAACUAUUAAGCUAAAAGUCAACAAAAUAGCUUUCCAAAUAAACAAACAUCAAUCCAAAA